UUGUUAAAUCAUCAGCCACUAGAAGGUACUGAGACUGAAACUCAUGUUUAUGUAGAAAAACAACAAGAUGAGUGUGUUUUCUAUUUGAAGCACAAUGAUAUCAUGGCUCAAAGUGGUGAAUGAGGUCAAUAUGUAUCUUAUCAAAGAAAUCAAUGCUCUUCUUGAAAACUCCUUGAGUUCCUUAAGCCUGCUAGUACUCGGACAGCUUUUAUUAUGUGAAAACAUGGAGGAUGUUGAAACGACCUUGGAAAAUCAUGGAGUCCGUAACAUUGUGAGUCAUGAAGAGGGACUUUUCCGUCCAAGCCCUGGAUCUCCUAUACCAGAAGAAUGGCAUGAUUCCCUUGAUAUGGAUCUCCUCAACAAUUUUGAGAAAGGGGAGUAUGUUGGUUUUAGCAAGGAUGAAUUAGAAAAUGAAUAUAUUUUUGCUAUUGUUGUGGAGUGUCUGGAUGAGUAUCCAGGACACACCAAAAGAAAUCCUUCAAGAUACAGAAUACAGAUUGGAAAUGAAAAGAUCAUUGAAGUUAGCGCCCUUGACCUUUAUCAGUUUAAGAGAGAGAAAAGAUCAGUUGGAAAUGUUACCUGCACAGACAUAGACAUUUUGCCUGAACUAUCAAGGUCUAAAUCUUCACAGUCUGUACCAUCCCCAAAGAGACCCUUACCACAAACUUUGGAGCAGGUUAAAAUAGAGAUUGACCAGAGCUUGGAAGAGAUCUGGAAGAUGUCAGAUGAGGACAAAUCAAAGGCCAUUAGACGCCUGUACUUAAGGUGGCAUCCAGACAAAAACCCAAAGAACACAGAGCUUGCUAAUGAAGCCUUUAAAUAUUUGCUAAAAAGAAUUGAAGAUCUCCAGCAAGGAAAAACAAAACACAACACAUCAGCACAACAAAACACAACACAUUGGGCCAACUUCAGCAAUUUUUAUGAUAGAUGGAACGAUGAAGCUAGAAGUCACAAAAGAGGAAGGGAGCAGUCCUAUCAGAACAAUUUCAGAUGGCAAUAUAAUUUUGGGUCACAUUUCCAAGAAACACCAAGACCAAACAAAGAGGAAGCUAAUCGCUGGUACAGACAAGCACAAUGUGACCUUCUUGCUGCUCAGAGCGACUUUGAAUACAACCCAAACCCAGAGUGAUGUCUUUUUAAAGUGCAUCAGGCAGUGGAAAAAGCUCUAAUAGCAACAGAGUUCAGAAGGAAUGGAAAGCAUCCUGGAACUACAUCCACCAUUACUAGCCUUGCCCAGAAAGUAUCACAGUAUGCUGCCUACCUUAAUGACUUGCCCCUCAUUGUGAAUCAGCUGAGGGCACUUGGUGUUGAUGCUAAGAGAACUCAAUACCCAAACUGCCACCCAUCACCACACAUUCCACACGAACAGUUCAAAACCAAAGAUGCACAAGAGGCAGUGAAAAUAGCAACAAAAUUCAUAAGGAAACUAGACAUUUAUAUUACUGAAUGAUAUAUACGGUUUAUAUGUAUGAUUUUACAUUUAUGCAACAGUGUGCUACAUAUCUUUCGUUAUCUAAUAUAAACACUUAAAUAAGAUCACAGAACUAUUUAUUGAACUAUCUACUUAAAAAGUUUCAUUGUUUUGCAUGUUACCCCAAACCACAUUACUUCUUAUACAUAUUUAUUAUUUACUUAUUACACAUUAUACACAGUAUAUUCUCAAGAUAAUCUAUGACAUUCUUUAAAAUAUCUAACUAAUUUUACUUGGCUUUAUUUAAUCAAUGUCAUUUCUGUACUAGUAACUACAAUUAUUAAAAUGUCAAGAAAGGUC